AUGAAUAAAUUUGAUCUGAUCAUAAGAAGAAGAAAGAAGACUAUGGCAACUUAUUACAAAAGCAGUGGCUCAAGUGACAUUUACACCAGACCAAAUCUAGCCGAAUUUGUCCCUGGAAACGCAAUGAUCUACACGAAUCCUGCGAUUUCUUACUCGGAGACGUUUCCUGGAGAAGCCAACAUUGUCUCAGCUUCAAAAGAGAUUCAAGCUUCACAAAUGCUGGAGAUUCAAGAUUUUGGUUCUUGGAGAGAUCAAGAAGACACUGACAGAAACUGCUUGCCGGUGAUGAUGCGUCCCACCACAGGACAAGGACUGUCUUUAGGCCUCAGCUCGCAGAUCGAGACAUCGAGAGGCAAUAACGACGAGUAUGCAACACAAGUCGUUUCAGGGUUUACUCGAACCAUACACGACUCAAAUUAUCUCAAGGCUGGUCAACAGCUUCUUGAUGAAGCUGUUAAUGUUAAGAAAGCUCUGAAACAGUUUCAGCCAGAGGGAGACAAGAUUGAUCAAAAGAAAGAGAAGAACCUUCAAGAAUCGAGCAAGAAUCCUGAUAUACCUCAAGGAGAGAGACAAGAACUACAGAGCAAGUUGUCGAAACUGUUAUCCAUAUUAGAAAACAUCUCUCCUCUAUGCUCAUAAUGAUUCGAUCUCUUGGCAAUAACAUAAAUGCUGC